AUGGGGGACCGCUUCUACUCGCCCCUCUCGCCGCUCUCCCAGCUCCCCGACGACGGCGACCAACCCCCGCCCCUCUCCCUCCCCGCCCUCCACCUCGCCGACUUCGACUUCGACACCGCCUUCCACCCCGACAACACCUCCCUCGCCCCCUCUUCCGCCCGCGAACAGCCCAAAGCUCGGCCGCUGGCACACGCCCUCACCAUCCAUGUCCCCGCUCCCCUCACCCCGUCCCCGUCCCCGUCCCCGUCCCCAUGGGACCGCGACGAGCCCUCUAUAGCCUCGCCGCCCAUAUUCAGACACUCGCCCAGCGUAGCACGCCGUCGGACGGUGAUCCAGCACAGCAGUGUCACGUACGAAGGCAACGUUGUGGAUUUGGCAGAAACACCCCCCCGCCAGGGCACACCCGAGCAUGGACCCGUGGCUGAGGACGCUCAGGUCAGGCCCGCGUCUGUGGAACACGGGUCUAUCAUCAUGCCCCAGCCGCAAUUUGUAGGCACUAAAACGCAGCCUGCAAGUCCACGCAGACUAGAGAAGAAACCCGCCACGCAUGACCUGAAGCAGUCCCCAAGCUCUCAAUCUGUCAGACGUUCUCUGCCCCGCCCCCCGAAAAUGGACACACCGCCUAUACAGCAGCCAGUAUUCGCAGAGAAGGCAGUGCGCCAGCAGCCUGCCAGCGUCCCCGUCCCCGCCCCCACUCCUACCUCGACUUGGCCGCCCCUCAAUAUCGAGCGCCAGACAGUUUCGCCUGUCCCUGUCGAACCUGCUCAGAUGCGCCCAGCAUACUAUGCCAAAAAACACCAGUCGAAUGGCUCCGUGUCUAGCAUACCCGUCGUUGCUGGUCUAGCCGAUGCCGGGCCUUACUUUGCUGCUACUUCCAGCGCCCCUUCUCGACAGCCUACCGCCCGUGAAAGCCCAGCACCAGUGGCUACCAAGGCGAUAGGCCUCGGUCGACCUGGUGUACCGGCAGGGGCGCCCGGUCCGAGUCGGGUCAAGCAGGAAGAGGUAUGUCUGGAAUGCAUGAUGCGGGAUAGGGAUCUGGCAGAUGUGGACGUGCAAGGCGAAGGUGUCUGGGGACGUGCGAGUGACGUAGAUCUCACAGACCUGAUUUGGCGGGAAGAGGCCUUGCUCAAGUCGAUGGGUGACUUGAACUCUGCAGACCUUCAUGCCAAGUCGGACGACGCGACCUCGGAAGAGUCCCGCGCUGAAGAAGAUCCCGAGGCGAGACAACAGGGGGAGCAGGAAAGGGCGGCGAGGCAUGCUGCGAUCCAGGCGAAAAAGCAAGAGGCAGACUGGAGAAUCAGCAGAGAGAUCGGAUGGAGAGGUUUCAAGUGGGAAGAGGGCAGAGAGGGUGAGGGUUUGCCUAGAAACUUUAGAGGUGGUAAGGGUGGUGAUUUGACGAUAGAGGGUAUCAAAAUGGUCAUGACCAAGUUUCCUUCGGCCUCUGCAUUCCGAUACCAAAAGUUGCAAGACUAUCUUCGCAAUCAAUGGGCAUUGGUUCUCGAAACACGAGCUGAAGCCCAACGUGUCGGGCAUUUUGCCUUUCCCGACGACCUUUCGCCUGGCUCUUCGACAUCUAGCCAUGAAGUGCGAGCUCCCAAUAUGGCUCUGCCCAGCGCUGUCGCCUACGCCAGUGCCAGGGGAGCUAGCGGAAGUUCUCCGAGACAUGCCACGGGCGGUAUGCGUCCCAGUCCUUCCUCUCCCGCCGGUUUCAGCCUUUCGUCUACUGCUGCCCAAGCGCCUCUCAGACAAGCUCCUCUCCAGCGUCCUUUGACACAUUAUCUACCCGAGCGGGAGCUGAUGACUAUGAGGCAACCAGUCACCCCAACCAAUCGAGUCGACGCAUUCUCCCACAGCAACAGCAUGCUUACGCCUCAGAGUCGGCAUUUCAGGAAUAGCCCGAGUCAAGAGCCAGAUACCGAAGAAUUGUGGUCGCCUGAUGAUGAGCCGACGCAAAACUUGAGGCCAUUCUCGUUUGCGGUGCGGGCUGGGGCCGUGGCGCGGGAUGGAAGUGAAGGUGGACAUGGAGCCGGAGCAAGGAAGAGUCUGUUUGGAAGAUGGGGUGGCAGUGUAACGAGCUUCUUUGGAGGAAGCCAGAACGGAAGUGGAAGCAUGAUGGAUAUGCACGUCGGGCUGGAGAGCGACAAGCGCAACAAAGCCACCUCAGGAGCCUACCCUCGAGCAGUCUCCCUUGCAUCCCCAACUCGUCCUUCCUUCUUUUCCAACUCUUCGUCUGUUCAAUCACAUGACCCCCCGCCUCAGCGCAUUUCGCGUGCCAUCAGUCAUUCGCUGUUGUCCCGAGUGCAAAUCGGUGAACAAGAGGAAGGUGGGGCUACAAAGAAGAAGGGUAUCAAGGGAUUCUUGAAAAAGAUGACUGGCGGGAAAAAGAAGGAUGGGCGAUCGAGAGCAAACUCUAUAGCUCAGCCUUCCGUGCCGUCAAUGCCCGUGGCUCAACCUGAAACGCCCCUUGCACCACCACCCCCUAUAUCGGUGCUCGUUGGCGGCAGGGAUCCAUCCCAUGCCCGUCAAGGUAGCGGCUCUUCAUCAUCCAUGUUUACCGAUGGUCAAGAGUCUGGUAGCAACCGUCUUUCUGGCUCAAUUCUCUACAACCGAAGUGUUUCCGCACCUCUCAACAACGCAUCUUCUUCGGACGUCAGUGUAGGCCAGUCGGGCAGCCCCGCCAGCUCUCGCUUCAUGACGACUGGCCAGACCAAGCCUGAGUCUUACAGCUCUACCGGUGGAAAGAGGAGAAGCACGGUUGGUGAGAUGGGCGAAGAGAGGAGGAGUGUGAUGGAAAUGUUUACCCAUGCAAAGGAGGAUGGUGGUGCUUAUGACGAGAUACCCGCCUCUCUUCGUCCUGGACGGCCCAACAAUAAAACCAACACUUCCCUCUCGGCGUCGAGUGGGACAAUGUUGGAGACUCCACCUGCUCUGAACUAUGGCUCUGGCUCGUUCUUCUCGCAACAGCAGACUCCUGGCAAACUCACAAUCAACACCGAUAUGCCAAAGCACACUCCAUCCAAUUCUAUUGGUUCCUUGUCUCCCAACAGAUACAAGAAUCUUCCUCCCAUCCCUCCUGGCGACCUCGGAUCAAAUUAUCCAAACCAGAGCACUGGGUCGAGGGGCGUGGUCGGGUCUCCAGACUCAAUCAUUGCUGCUUUCCCUGAUCAAGAGUUUGCAGAGUAUGGUGGUCGGGUGCCUACAAGACAACCUACUGGGCCGGGAUCGCCCUUCUACAACAGUGGCUAUCCCCAGCCCCGACAUCACCAGCAAAUGUCUCAACAGCGUCUCCAACCCACGAGCGCUUAUGCCCCGGGGUAUGGUUACGGUGGGCGAGCUUCCCUUGACCAGAGGGCAUCAUCACCGAGGGUGGAAAGGGGCGGGCAGAGGGCUGUGCAGACCAUGUAUGGGAUGCCGGCGGGGGACGAGUAUGGGGCACCUUCUGGUGGCUUCGGGCCUGUAGAGGGUGAUAAGAAGAAGAAGGGGUUGAAGGGGUUUUUCGGGGGAGGCAAAGCUGGGAGGAGGUUCGCUUGA